CAAAAUUUAGUUUACCGGCUCGCGAGUAUAAAUUUGUGUGAAUGCACAAAAUUUGUUCGAUAAGUUUAAAAAUAUUGUUCAAGGAUGGUCAGUGAAAUUUCCCGCGGAUUCCGCGAGGAUUGUUUCGCAUUUUUGAGCGAAUUUUCUAAGCACCAAUCGAUGGAUUUCUACUACUUCUGCCACGAAUGGAAAAGGGUGAAUUUUCAGUACAUCUUUCAUGGACGGAAUACCGACUUCGAAAUGGUUGAAUUCAUAAACGAAGCACUGCUUAUCGUGAAGCAGAUUUUCCUCUGCUCAAAAAAGCCGCUGGAGAAAAUUGGUGCCUUCUAUCUGCUGUAUGCGCUGUACUUCAAGCAACCGACUGGGCAGUUCUGUAAAAUUCGCGUUACCUUGGCCGAUUGGCAAGAGUUCAAGCGAUUCGUUCGCAAUCCGUCACCAGAGCGGGAAUCCCAUGAAAUUGCAGUUAUCCUAUGGAAGUUAUUCAUUGGAGAUGGUUUUCGCUUCGUGCAGGACGAAAAGGAACAUGGAUAUGAUUCAUUCUUCGUCAAAGGACUCCAGACGAAUCGGUUCGACGAUAAAGUGCGCGAGUCAUACAAGAUAAUUCAGGAUGCUGAGAAGGACUUUCGAACGAUGAAGUCGAGCUCCGGUCUGUUUACAGCUUUGGAUGCGUUGGAGAUGGCUUAUAACGAAAUGAAAGAAUCUCUGGAUGAAACCGAAGCAUCCUGUAGUACCGGUGAUAAAAUACCCCAAUCAAAUCUGAUGCAAAGUCUUCACAAAGAUCUGGAGGAGAUAAUCAAAGUUCUCAACACGGAUGAACCUAGCGCUGUACAGACCGAUCCUAUGGAUGAUUUAAGCGCACGCUCGAGUGAUAACAUCGGUGCCAAGCGUUCGUCACUGCGAGAGAAAGCCUUCCGGAGGAAGGUUAACCGAAGGGAUCUACAGAUAGCCACUGCCACUGUUUCAUCCAGUGGAGCUACAACAACGAUGACGGGUUCGAUGUCGGCACAGGCAGCUUCAAGCAGCGGUAGCGGCAGUAGUAGGACUCUCCGACCUCGAGCUACCAAGAAACGGGAUGCCAACACUUCGGUGAUGGUUGAAGAGCCAACUGCGGAUAUGAUGAGCACUGAUGAAGACUGAUAGCGCAAAAAUUUCACACGGAUGACGGACCAAUUCUGUGACAAAGAUUGUUUUUGUAUAUAAUAACUUCUUUUGAUUACCACCAAUUAUUAUACUCAUGUUUAGCCGUUUAGACUUAGCAAAUAAAGUAUCGAAAUAAUUUACCAUACUCAUGAAUUAGGCAAUUUAACUAUCAUUUUCUCAUGAAAAACGCAAAAAGAGAGAAUCAUCAAUAGAAUCACAUAGAAUCAUUCAACUGUUUCAUUCAAAGACAUGCUGAUCAUUAAUUACACUGUUAUUAUUUUUUUUUGUGUUAUCUACUAGUUUCAUUAAAUCAUGGAAUGCUUGAGAUGUGAUUGUUGUUAGAGUAAAGAAUUAUAACUACUGAAAUUAAGUAGGUACUUUUGAACUUUUAUUUUCCGGGGAUUUAAUAUU